GCGCCGGCGUCGGUCUUCUCGAGUAGGACUACGUAGGCAGUUCAACAGACGGUCCUCGUACAACUCAACUCCCCUCCUCCACCACCACCACGCUUAUUUGUGUGACUCUCCCUCCUCGUUUCCUUGUCCUCCCCCAUCGACCUCCCGACCCUCAACCUUGACACGAUUCUGCGUUCGCCUACCCCUUCUCCUCCAAAUCCUCCCCCUCCCUCUCUCCCUCUCCCUCUCCCUCCCUCUCCAUCCCUUCAUCUAUCUCUAAAAUUUCUAACAUCGCAUCACUCACCCGCUCGCUUACUCUACCCCUACCGGACAGCCUCAACGUCAUCCGACUUGCUCCUUGAGGCUAAUCCUUCGACAACCAGCUGCUUGAGUAUCUAUCCUGAUCCACUUUUAUCGGCUGGAUUAUUGAAGAAUUAUAAGUUCUCAGAGGCUGUGCACAAGUGGCAGUCCAAUCACAUUUUACGAUACGAUUGGGACCUCAUCAGCAGGAAUUAACUCCUCCAUCUCUCGUUGUUUGUAGUGUCUUGGUUCACCGCUAAAACCCUAUGCUGCCUUGAUUUGGCCUGUUGCUUUCCCCUAUUGAGCGAUUAAACAGUUCGAAUUCCGAAAUUAAGCAAGUAGGUUUCGAGCUCAAAUUCGUCCCCGCUCACCGUCUCUCGACCACUUUGUAAGCGGCUCUUGUGCUAUUUCGUCCUAACACUUUGUCACAGGAUUCGGAGUCGACAAGUAAUCACAAUCACUAUCUUACCUCAUGUCACUCGAAGGUAGAAUCGGCAAUCCUCGGAGUCCAGAACAGAGAAUGGAUUCUCACCAUCCUCGACAACUGCGGAGCUAUGGUCACUAUAAUGAGGGCGGGCGGUCCCAUCCAGAUUCUCGGCCGAUGGAUAGCCGUGCAAACCUCCGCUCCUACCAACAAGAAGUGGAAAUCUCAUACGAUGAAAAGCCCAGGGGCCCUGAGGACAACACCGCCACAGGGGACGUUUAUGGUCGUUCAGAGGGUGACAAAUCAGAGGACGGAAAAACGGAUGACGGCAUCAAUCAGGAUCAUAGAUCCAAGUCUAAUGGAGAUAUAUCCCAGGAUUUAAAUUUGGAUACCCCAAAUAAUCCCGGGGCUGCUAGCACGGGAGACGCGGCGCAAAAUAUACCGAAGGUGCGUUUUAAUUACUUGAAUUCAUGGUCACAGCUGAAUUCCCCCCAGGAUGAGCCCGAGCCAAACCUAACCAAUGAUCUGACGAGUGAAACACAGCAACCUGGGAAAGGGCUCAAUUCAAAUCACCACGGUUCUACUGAUAAAGAGUCUGGAAAUAUGGCUAAUCCCAAAGAUACCUUAUCUACAAAAGACCCAAAUGAACUUCGUCAAAAGGUAUUGGAAUCAUUGGCAGAGAAAAAGAAAAAAGCAGCUGUCUUUAUCACUCAAGAAAGUGAAGGAACAGGCAGGAAAGAGGCAUCGCCGGAAUCUAGAAUAGGACCGGUAGGAAUGAACACUACUGAAAUUGGGAGUGGUAAUGACAAGCCUCCAACAAAUCCAUCGGCAUCUAACCCUGAACGCGAGGCAGCCGUUAAUGCGCUGUUGGCCGAAGCGAUGGGGUCAUCUAAGACAGUCUCUGGCAAAGCGGAAAAGGUCCAGAGUGCAGGUGCAUCGACCACGGCUAAACACUCUGUCAAGUCACCCACGGAAGAGUCCUUUGAUCAAACUCGCCGCAGGAAACAUUACCCUGAAGAGCCAAAGGCUAGUGGGAUGACCCGAGGACCUUCAGGCGAAUUCCAUGAAAGUACUUCGCCAAUUUACGAUGAUCUUGAGGUCUCGCGUCGGAGUAGUUUUGCUGGGCACCAUUCAUAUCCGCGCAAUGACAAGCAGUCCCGCCCAAAGAGGUCCCCAGAGGAUUUGCCAAGACGGGAGGGAGCAUACAAGGAAGAUUACGGUCACUCUUCUCGCCAAAAAAUAUCACCAGCAUCUGCCUCUAGGCAAGAGUUCCCUCGGGCGCAGCGUGCUUAUGAACAUGAGGAGAGGGACAGGAAUGAUGCUCGGCAGGAAGCACGCCAUCGAAGUGAUAGAUUCGAGGAUCCCUCACCCUCCACUAAAGAAUUUAGGCAUCCCCCGGAUAAACCAAGUGCAAGUCGCAGAGGCGAUGGUGACCAUCGUGGGAAGUACUUAGAAGAGGAAAAACUCCGUACCAGGGAAGAGCCUUCAUCAUAUAGGUCCAUGGAUGUAGCCAGGGAGGACGACCCAAGAGAUCCUUACCCGAGGUAUUCCCGUCGCAUGAUGGAUCCCAAUUGGCAAGAUCAAGGCCCAGAUGCUCCUCCAUACCCAGCUGGUCGAUAUCUUCCUCCUCGGGAUGAUCAUCGCCUUCCUCCGAUAACUCGUCCUCCGGAGACGGACUAUGCUGCUCUCUAUUAUAAAGAUCUAACUGAAUGGCUUGAGCUUACGGGAUACCACGACUAUUCGUAUCGUCAGAUGAUUUUGAGGCGUCAACGUGAUAUACGUGCAAUGGAAGACAGGAGAAUAGUUUUAGAGGAUGACAGGGACGGCGCCAGAGGGUAUUCGGGAGUGCCACUCCGUGAAGAAAUCAGUUCCAGAGAUCCAAGGAGGACUCGCGGACCACCUUCAUAUCCAUUGCUGCCUUCUGAAAUGCCACCACGGGAUGACAGGGAUCCAUCUAGUCGUGUCCCGGAGGGCACUGCUCAUCGCUCAUCAUCUAGGGCUGCGCUAUAUCCGCCACUCCCAAGACUCGAUGACAGGACUCGUUAUCAGAGUGAUUUGCGUGUCGCUUCGCCUCAGGGAGAGGUUGGGGGUCUCAAGAGGCGAGCUCCGUUCCGUGAUGAAUACGAUGAUGCAGGCCCUGUUGGGAAGUCGGCACGUGUCAAUUACGAGAGCCAGCAUCGUUCUACAGCUACUCUGAAAUCGGACGAUUAUGUCAAUGCUGAACAAUCUGGCGUUCAUAUGAAGCAUCACUCGGGCCAUGGAGAUCCCGUUGACCAUAGGCACCCAUCCAGGCGUGUUACUAAAGACCGGUUUGAAGACCCGGAAGAUGAUUCGGCUGGUGCCAUACGCCAAAGUUUAUCCAAGAGAAUAGCUACAGGUCGUGGGCGUGAACAAUCACCUCCUCCACUUCCCCUUGAGGCAAGGCGAGAUCGUAGUUUGAGCCCUCGCCAUGGCUAUGAUAAUAAUGACCGCAAGGAAGGACAUAAACAGGGGCCGCCGAACAAACCCCACCGUGAUGGGGAUGAUGACACUUCCUUUAUCCACCCCCAACGCAAAGGGUUCGAGAAGGGGCGUAGGACGCCGGAGCCAUCAGGGCCUAGAUACGAAAAGGACCUUCAAAAACUGGGCCGAUCGGCCUCAGGUAAAUUUACUCCUAGAGAAGACUUUAGGAAACCAUUUCCAGGCAGGCGCAGCUCAUCCGAUGAUUACCGCUCGCCAGGAAUUACUUUACGCCGCGGCUCUAUAGACGAGCUGAAGAAGAGGCCAUUCGGCCGUGGUCGUGGCCGUGGAUACACUAAAGAGUUUCACCCCUUAACACGCCACAAUGGGAAACCGGAUUAUGGAGAUCCCAUGGACCUUGAGAAGAGGGUUGGACCUGUAAUUGGUGAGGAUUGAUGUUUGGUUUUCUGGCCUGUGGAAUUAUCACUGUUGCUUACACGCAUUUGCCUCUAGACACAAGAGGUGCAGGUACCAGGUACUUUGUGGUUAAGAGCUUCAAUCACGAUAAUGUGAAAAUGGCCCAAAAAGACGUGAGAGAUCUUGAUACUUAAAUUGAUGCUAUCAAAAUUCUGACCAGAAUCAUUUGUGGACAAUAGGAACUAUGGGCGACUCAGAAGAAAAACUCGGAGAUGUUCGAAGAGGCAUUCAAAACUUCUCGUGACGUUAUCCUCGUUUUCUCAGUUAACAAGAGCGGGAAAUUCCAGGGCUAUGUAAGUUUCAUUCAGAGUGAUCGUGGCAUGGGGGUUACCCAUAUAUAUGUGUAUGUCAGUCUAAUAUCGCACCAGGCUCGUAUGGAAUCUGCUCCUGGCUCAGCGCCGAUACCAACAUGGGCCAAGAACCUUCUCUGGGAGUCUUCAGGCCCCUUCAGAAUCCGAUGGAUCACAAUCAAUGACAUCAACUUCCAUCGCGUAGCGCAUCUGACUAACCGUCUGAACGAAGACCAGCCGGUCCUCAUCGGCCGUGACGGGCAGGAAAUCGACCCGGAAUGCGGUGCAUCUCUCUGUAGACUUAUCGAUGAGAGCGCAAACUUUCACAGAAACUACAAUGAAAAUGGAGGCAAAUAAAUAGCAACCUUUAUGAACGGAAAAAAAGUGCAUGGAGUACGGUACCCUACAAAAAAGGUGAUGAAAAAAUGGAAAAACAAAGAAAAAAAAGGGAAUCAAAGUAUAAUCCAGGGGAAGGUCAUUGUCAAAGUUUUCUAUUACGCACUUUCACAAAACUUGUCGCGUGUUUACCCCCGGAGUGAGGAAAUAGGGGAGAGAAAGGAUAAGAGAAAAAAUGAACCAAAUUGUCUGGUCAUCUGGGUGUUUUGCUAUCAUCAUAAGUCGCGAAUUAAGCUUAUUGAGUCGAGUCGUAAAGUGUAUUUUUUUACAUUUAUACGAAAAGGAAACAAAAACGAGAACGAAAACUUACGGCACUUCUCGUCUCAUCUAAUCUUGAUCUGAGGUUUUUUUUUCUUUACCUCUUUCUUUCUUUCCUAGCUUUUUCUUCUGGCUUGCCUGUCGGACUUCCGCACCCUUGGUUUGCCAAUAAAUGACGGCAGGCAGGAGGGGAUUCAGGAUAUCUUAUUUCUUCUACCUUACAGCUCAUAAUUAUUUGCUCUCUUUACCUUUUAACUCUAGCUUUCGUUUUCUUUUCUUUUCUGUCUCUUGAAUUUAACUUAACUUACCUUCGCUAAUCGACGUUUCUUUGUCUUGUGAUCUCCUUCCUUCUUUUCUUCCUCGUACGGCUUACAUGGCCUCUCAUGCUAAGCACUACUACGAAGGAUCAAAGUGGGACAACCGGCCGGGCCAAGCUAAAGGCAAGAGGCAAUUUCUUUACUGUUCCUUUCCUUUCGCAUGUAUAUAAAUCGCAAGGUUGGAAUACCAGCAUCAUUAAUCAAUCCAUUACUUCCUUCCUUC